GAGAAGACGAAAACAAUUGGACGUCAACCAACAAGAUAAAAAUGCAUAAAACAUCAUAUACUGCCUCAAGCUCCUACCAAUUCUAAAAAUAGGAGGUAUGGGUUGUGCAUAGAAGACCUACAACUGCAUAAACGAGAAGCCAGAGGUGUUCCUCACGCGUUUGAUACCGCGUUUCCUCCGCGCGCGUGAAGAUGGCUCUUUCGCGACAAACACCGCGUUGGAUCCAAUUGCUUUAAAAUGACCUGCAUGAAGCCUCCCAGAUCUCCAUGGGCGUCCAUAGACAAUCAUUCUGCAGCAUCGAGCGCUUACACGCAUAUCGCGCGAAAGGAAUCAUAAAGGAUGCAUUUCGAGGUUCAAUCAGAAGCAGUUUCUCUGCAUACCCCCUAUUCAGCUGAGUCGGCCAGCGCUUCAGCGAUCAUGCAACCACCAGUGAGGUCAGAGCCCGCUAAAAAUGUCGGUGAGAAUGGGCAGAUAAAUGCCGCUCCGCCAAAAUUUGUUGAAAUGGACUGAUAUGCCCAUCUUCGGCGAUUCUUUUCCAACAACGCAUCAAUUCUCCUACAAACAUCAUGAAGCGCAAGGCAGAUACUCAAUCGAAUGGCCAGAAUGGCAAAAGUAUUCUUAAGAAGCGUGCAAAGACAAUUCUGGCAGAAGAGGAUGUUCACAAGUGUUUCCGAAAAGGUCUCUUCGCCCAUGAUGUCCUAGGAAAAUAUACCAAAGGCUAUGCCAAGUCCGAACCAUACAAACACAGUGUUAUCAGCUCCCUGAUCAACGACGAGCUACUGCGUUCUGUCCGCAACGAAAUCAAGGAGAAUGUACACUUCACACCCAAGGAGACCGAUAUCUACAAGAUCCACCAAUCCGGAGAUUUGGCAAACCUUGAUGGACUGGACGAUGGUGCCUUGGAGAAGCUGCCUUCUCUGCUCAGACUGAGAGAUGCAAUGUACUCUUCCAAAUUCAGGAAAUACGUUUCUACGAUUACAGGAUCAGGAGAAUUGAGUGGCAGGAAGACGGAUAUGGCUAUCAACGUCUACACACCUGGAUGCCAUCUGCUGUGUCACGACGAUGUGAUCGGGAGCCGGAGAAUCAGUUAUAUCCUAUACCUGACAGAUCCAGACAUACCAUGGAAAGAGGAAUGGGGCGGAGCAUUGAGACUGUUUCCUACGACCACACACGAAGAAGACGGAGUCAAGACGAUCACGCCAACCCCCGACACCACAAAGAUCAUACCUCCCGCCUGGAACCAGCUGAGUUUCUUCGCGGUCCAACCAGGUCUUAGCUUCCACGACGUCGAAGAAGUCUACCAUGCCGAAAGUGAAGAACAGUUGAAGAAGGAUGGCGGAAGGAUUCGCAUGGCUAUCAGCGGAUGGUUCCAUAUUCCACAGAUUGGGGAGGAGGGAUACAUUGAAGGAGAAGAGGAGAAAUGGGGCAAGAAUAGCAGCUUGAAGCAAUUACAAGGUAAUCCAGAUCGCUACGAUUUCCCGAAGUCGCAGCCGAUCGCCGUCGAACCCGCCGCGGAGCCAGAUGCAGAGAAGGAACUGGACGAAGCUGAUCUUGAUUUCUUGCUGAAGUACAUGGCUCCGACCUAUCUCACACCCGACACCCUAGACGAUAUUGCGGAAAGCUUCAUGGAUGCAUCGACAGUCACACUCGAUGGUCUUCUAUCAAACAAAUUCUCUGCUAGAGUUCGAGAGUAUGUUGAAGCUCAGGAGGCAUCUGCUCUACCAAAAAGCAGUAAUGAAAUCGAAGAAAAGGGGCCAUGGAAAGUCGCUCGGCCACCACACAAGCAUCGCUUCUUGUACCAACAGCCUUUCACCAGCUCGAAUGUUGAUAAAGCUUCUUUGGAGGACCCAAUCAAAGAAAUGACGGAGGUCUUUCUGCCUAGUCGUCAGUUCAGAUUGUGGUUGGAGCUUGCUACCAAGUGCAGCAUCGAGAACUACGAUAUCUUGGCACGGAGAUUCCGACGCGGCCUUGAUUAUGCUCUUGCUACAAGUCAUGAUGGCGAGCCACGGUUGGAACUCAGUUUAGGGCUGACUCCUACUCCUGGCUGGGGUGCGGAUGAGGUAGAAGGAGAUAGGGAGGAUGGAGGUGACGAGGAGUCGGAGGAAGAGGACGAGAAAUCUAAAGCCAAGACCAACGGAUCAAAGCCAAAGCAGAAUGGGGAAUCAAAACCCAACGGCAAACCCAAAAAAUCAGAUGCUGAGGAGGUCGAGGAGGCAGAGCAAGAAGAAGACGAUGUCGGCGGCCACGAAGUCUACAUGGCUGGCGACGAUGACGAUGACGAAGAUGCCGCUGUAUACAAAACGUCCGACGAGUCCGAAGACGACAAUGUUCUUUUCACGAUGCCAGCAUCAUGGAACAAGCUGAGUAUUGUCCUGCGCGACAGCGGUGUAUUGAAGUUUGUCAAAUACGUCAGUAAGAAUGCGAAGGGAGACAGAUGGGAUGUCAAUGCUUCGUUUGGAGUGAAGAUUGAGGAGAUUGAGGGAGAGGAGGAGAUGAUUCCCUUGGAGGAGAGCGAUGAGGAGGAGGUAUUUAAUGGAUUUCCGGAUUCGGAUGAUAGUGAUUCGGAUUGAGGGGGUGGUAUUUUGUUCGAGUGUUGAGGAGAAAGAUAUCAUAUGAUGUUGGACAUUCUGUUUGGUCUACUGAUAUACAUGUACAGACCAUAUCAUAGAGCCAAGGCCAUAGCACUGGAUAUAAACGCAUAGGAGCACACUUCCAAUUCCUAUUAAUCUCAAACAUAACCAAAUAAUUCCAACAAGCUGAAAAACAGUCAACCUUCCACCUUCCACCCUCCACCCAACCGACCCGAACC